AUGUAUUUGAGCCAUAGCCUUGAUCACAAGGGAUGGCGGGUGUGGGACUUGGAGAGCGGAAAGGUGGUGGUGUCGCGCGACGUCUCAUUCUUCGAGAGCCGCUUCCCAACUUCACCAAAAGAGAAGCAUUCGGUCGUGGUCAUCCCUCCAACGGUUGAAGACACGAACGAGUCAUCUUCUCACGAUGUUCCCGAGGAGAGGAGUGUUCAAGACGAGGAGGGAGAUGUUGUUGAAGUGGUUGGAGUGGAGAGUGAGAAGGAUGGUGAUCCUUCUACCGUCGUCGCUCCAACGCUUGCAUCUACUCGCGCUCGUAGAGCUCCUCACCCGAACCCGAAGUAUGCCGACUACUCGCUUGUGGUGGAGGAUGAUGAGGAAGGGGGAGAUGCCAUGUGCUUCAUGGCCGACUUCACACCUACCACCUACCGUGAGGCGAUGGAGACGAUCCAAGCCGAGACCUAUCCAGAAAGAGCUCACAGGAAUAUUUUCAUCAAGUAUUUAGUUCACGACGGCGUUUCAAAGCGAACGGUUCUUCCUACAUUUUCCACGUCGUCAUCCGAGGAUCUGACGAUCGAGGUCGAAGCGCUCAAACGCGACGCCGCAAGCAAGGUGUUCUCGCCUUCCGCCGACGCGGCCUCCGCCGCCCCCGCUUCUGUGUUGACCUUCCGCAACAUCUGCUACUCCGUCUACGUCAAGCAGCGCAAGGGGGAACCUUCCGCGGCUGCCGGCCCGCAGUUCGCGCGGCAGGACAGCACGCUCGCGAAUGUCCCCGGACUGCCGCCUCAGCAGGGGUUUCAGGAGGCUGCCGCGGCGCAAGCUGGUGCGCCGGGAGUGGAUGGAGUUGCAACCGCCGGCGGCGAAACCAGCGCCAAGCCAGGCAGCGGCAUGUUCGGCGGUUUGCGCCAAAAGCGCGUUCGGCGGCAGAUCCUGACCGGCGUGAACGGCGAGGCGCGGUCGGGGGAGGUGACGGCGAUCAUGGGCGCAAGCGGAGGAGGAAAGACGACGCUGCUGAACAUCCUGGCGCAGCGGAACUCGUCGGGGCGGCGGUAG